UCUUCUAACGUUCACUUUCCCUGUUUGCUUCUUCGUCUUCGUCUUGCAAAGCCCCGACCCACAUGUCUGCUUUCGGAACUUCGAUAUCGGACCCCGACUGGCCCCGCCGAGAUCCGACCCGAUUCAACUUGCCUUUCUCCAACCACCUUCCGCCGGACCCUCUCCUCGACGCCGGCUCCUUCAUCGACUCCUCCGCCGCCCGAUGUGGAACCCUUCCUUCUUCCCCUAACCACUCCCGAGAUCUUGACCUGAAUCAUCGCAAGAAGGCGGAGACCUCUUCCACUCUCCGAUCUCCAUUCCGCGAUGACUCUCUCAACGCUGGAAAUGGAGAUUCUCCCGCAACUAAGAAGCUCUCGGGCUCCAGAGGGACUGACGCGUCUCCGAAAUCCGCUUCGUCCGAGAAGCCUAAUUGGUUGCCGCCGGGCUGGAUUAUGGAAGAUAGAGUUCGCACCUCUGGUGCUACAGCUGGAACAGUCGAUAAGUACUACUUUGACCCAGUUUCAGGUCGUCGAUUCCGGUCUAAGAUUGAGGUUCUUUACUUUCUGGAAACAGGAACAUUAAGGAAACGUAAGAAAUCGUUAGAUGGUAAUGGGACGUCUGCUGACGGCCCCGAAGAACCCAAGAACAAAAAAUCUUCCAACAAUGCUAAAUCUGCUCCUUUAAACUUUGAUUUCUUCAAUGUGCCUGAAAAGGUUGAGUGGGUUCUCACAGACCCUUCUCAGGAGGCUUGGACGCCGUUCAUCAACAACGAGAAAGUACCCCAAUCUACUAAACGCGAAUGGGUAGCAGCAUUUAAACUCCUCAGCCGAUCAAAAGCUUGAGGUUUGAAGGCAAUUUCAUCCCUUUUGGACACUGUUUGGGAUACCCAUUCAGGUCAGAACCGUCCUCCCUCCCUCUAAUGGCUUCCUAUCUCCAAUUCUUUUGGUCUUUUUUUUGGAUGGAGCAGGUGAGGUUGAGGGGGAAGUGUUGUCAAAACCAGAUUUGGUUAGAAAAAAAACAUGAAUCUAUCGAACUGACUAUGUCUUGGACUGUGAAGAAGUGAUCAAUUUGUGUAGACGAGGGGCGGCUGAGUUCAUUAUGAAUCAAAUGUAUUUGAACGAGGAGCUAUUUCAUUUUGGUUCUUAUGGUAUUGCUCUUCAUUUUGAUAUAGAUCUGGAUUUGUUUUAUGAUUCAAUGUUCAUAAUUUUGUGGUGAUAA